CAGACCGCCCAGAUCUCCGAGCCUGACCGAGCUCUGUUUCAGUCUCUGUGCGGAUCACUACGGCUUCAUUUCAACGCGUCUACAGCGAGAGAAUAUCCCGCAGCGACCCGCGUUCGCUUUCUUCCGUCCUUCUCUGGUGAUAAACCAGGCGAGCGCGGAAGAGAACGCGCAGUAAUGGGAAGAUACAACGUGCUUUCAUUAGAUUACAUUUCCGAAGAAUGACCCAUCCAUCUGUCGAUCACGCUUUACCAGCUCAAACAUCCUUCUUCACGCAUUGGACGUAGACUUUCGGAGCACAGAAGAGUUGAGCGCGUGCACGGCGCAUAAAGCUACAGUUUUUAGUAAACACUUGGACCGAAUUUCGGCGUCUCGUCGGUUCGCGGACUCUCUUGACUUGAUCUUUGGAUGUAUUUCUGCAGCUCUUGAUGGAGUGGUGUGCACUGUGCCAAACGCACAUAGAUAUCGUGAAGUAGGCUAACCUAUGAGCUUGCAAUUUUGGAGGUUAUCAGCUGAGAUGCGUUUGACUUCAGUCACUCAACUUCAGUGUUGCGCGGUUUGGCCACGAGUCUUCAUCAUCAGAAUCAUUAGAAAGCAGUUGUGUGGAAGCACGGUGAUACUCGCCCUUUAAUACAGGGCAUUUUUCACUUUUUAAAAGUGCGUUUUGUCAGAACGCUGUGUGUUUGUAGGGAAUACGCGUGUGUUUUGAUUACGACGUUGGGUGUGCAUGAUAUUUUAGGCAACUUCAAUGCUGCUUAACCUUUUUUUUUAUAUAUAUAUAGUACGGCUCAUAGUUAAUCAUCUUUGGUGUGUUUGCAAUUGCAUGCACUUUGCUCGCCUUUUAAUAUAAGGCAUUGAUGCAUGUUGGCUGUGCAUGCCUUUAUUGACUUUUUAAAUGAUGCUUUAACUUUAGGUUUGCAUUUAGGUUUAUAAACGCCUACUAGUUAAGCACCAGUGUUUGCAGGCACGUUUUAUUAUGUGUUAAUGUGAUUUUGGCUGUAGAUAUUAUUAUAGGCUUACGCAACUCCGAUUUCAUCUCAUUGAUGAGCGUCAUCAUCUUUAGAAAGCAGUUGUUUUGGAUGUACGAAACAUGUUGUUGCCGUAAGACCUUAAAAGUCUCCAUUUGGUCUCUCAGAUGAGAUUAAAACUGAAACUUAAGGAAGCUACAGUGAUGCUCAAUGACGCUGUGCGCGAAUGUGCUGACGCCACCUGUGGUCUCUUAAAUCGAUUGAUUCAGAAAGAUUUAGGCACUUUGACCAGGAGAGAGUUCAGGUUGCACAACAGCCGUGUCGCUUGCGCUUUCUAACCACGAGACAAGAGAAGUUUUGAUCGCGCAUUGUGUGUAGUCCACAGUAUAAUCGUGCGUGACGUGAAAGUUGAGAGUUUAAAUGGUGCUCCGAAAGUUACCCGGUGUCUCAGCAUCGGGCAUGGGGCUUCGUCUGUCUCAGAAAUUCGUCUUUCUGCUGUUCCUGUCAGGGUUGGUAACUCUGUGCUUCGGGGCUCUUUUCUUUCUACCCGACUCCGUGCGUCUGAAGCGCAUCUUCCUCUCCAAGAACGAGAGUCCCGCAGUGACCGUUGGCUCCGACAAUGAGCUUUCCAAAAAGGUACCCGUGGAUCAAGAGCAUCAGCGGACGGGUUUAAAGGGGCUUGAGGUGAAUGUCAAACCGAAAGUGAGCCGCAAGCCCUCGGUCACCCAUGGCGCGAGAACUGUGGAGAGAUCUGUUGGGAGUAGAGCGCAGGACGAGUGGAGUCCGGCGAGGGCGCACGAACCGCCGGCCAGGGACGAGCGGGUCACCUCGGGCGCUCUUAACGGCCAACACGGCGCCACUUUCAGCCACGAGACGUUUAAAAAGUGCCUGCUGAAACCAGCUCUGGGGAAGGACCAGGGAAAGCCAUCUGAUUCCGAGACGCUUCAGCGGAGGGAGAAAGUCAAAGAGAUGAUGAAGUUUGCCUGGGACAACUAUAAAAGUUACGCUUGGGGCAAGAAUGAACUUCGACCCCUGACAAAGAAUGGACACAUUGGGAAUAUGUUUGGUGGUCUUCGAGGGGCUUCUAUUGUGGAUUCUCUGGACACGCUGUACAUCAUGGGUCUGAUGGAGGAGUAUGAAGAAGCAAAGGAAUGGGUCCAAAACAGCCUGGACCUGAACUCGAACGGAGAGGCGUCCCUGUUUGAGGUGAACAUCCGUUACGUCGGUGGUCUUCUCUCUGCGUUCUACCUGACGGGCGCUGAGAUAUUUAAGCAGAAGGUGUUGGAGCUGGGCGAGAAGUUGUUACCCGCCUUCAACACACCCACCGGCAUUCCCAGAGGAGUCAUUAACCUGGGCAGCAGUGGCACCAGCUGGAGUUGGGGCUGGGCAUCGGCCGGGAGCAGUAUCCUGGCAGAGUUCGGGACGCUGCACCUGGAGUUCCUUCACCUGUCCCAACUGUCUGGAAACCCAGUGUUCACUGAGAAGGUGAUGAACAUCCGAAAGCUGUUGAACAAAAUGGAGAAGCCUCAUGGUCUGUAUCCCAACUUCCUGAGUCCCAUCAGUGGAAAUUGGGUGCAACAUCAUGUCUCGAUUGGAGGUCUCGGGGACAGUUUCUACGAGUACCUGAUCAAAUCCUUCCUGAUGUCAGAUAAGACGGAUGAGGAGGCCAAGAAGAUGUACUACAGCGCCAUGGACGCCAUCGAGGCGAACCUGGUGCAGAAGUCUCCGGGCGGAUUGACGUACGUGGCCGAGUGGCGAGGGGGCAUCCUGGACCAUAAGAUGGGGCAUCUGGCCUGUUUCUCCGGCGGGAUGAUUGGCAUCGGCGCUGAUGACGGGCCGGCGGGACAGAAGCAGCACUACCUGGAUCUGGCAGCUGACAUCACUCACACCUGUCACGAGUCCUACAGCCGCUCAGCCACCAAACUUGGUCCAGAGGCUUUCCGCUUUGAUGGAGGAGCGGAGGCCACAGCCACCCGACUGAGCGACCGCUACUACAUCCUGAGGCCAGAGGUCAUCGAGAGCUACAUGUACAUGUGGCGUUUGACCCAUGACCCCAAGUACAGGGAGUGGGGCUGGGAGGCGGUGGAGGCGUUAGAGAAGCACUGUCGCGUAGACGCGGGUUUCUCAGGAAUCAGAGAUGUGUACGCCUCUACAGUCAGUCACGACAACAUGCAGCAAAGCUUCUUCCUGUCCGAGACUCUCAAAUACCUGUACCUGCUGUUCUCGGACGACGACCUGCUGUCUCUCGAGGACUGGGUGUUUAACACGGAGGCUCACCCGCUGCCCGUCAUACGCAAAACCUGCAUGCAGGAGCACAGCACCAGGCCAGACGACGGGCAGACGACCCUGGAGUAACAUGCGCACACACAAACACACACACGAAACAUGGAUUCAAAGACAGGGCCGCAACCUCACGGUCUUGACUUGGAUUCUCAGCUCCUUUCCUGUAAAGGAUCUCUUUAUAUAAAUAUAUAUAUACACACACGCUGUGAUUAUAUAUCUCUGAGCCGAGACUUCCUGCUCUCCUCGGUGGGCAGAAGCCAGCGCAAUUUUCCGUGGACAAUCAGUGAAACGUGACUUUCAUGAGAAGAGCACCUUUUUUCUUUGCUGCUUUCCUCUGUGAGGAAAAAAAAAAACGAAUAACUUGCAGCCCCGAAUCUGUGGGAGGAGCACCAUAUGAUGGUGGGCCAUGCUGAGCGAAAGAGAAAACCACUUUUCUUCACGUCUCACCUGUAAUUUAUCUUUUCUUUCAUCCUUUCAUUGUGUAUUCCUUUCCCACCUCUUCUGCCAAAGCGUUUGCUGUCUUUUUUAUUUCAUUUUCUCUCCCCAUCCGUGAUAUUUUGAUUUUGGGUCCAAUUUUGUGGCAUUAUUUUUUUUUUUUCGUUAUUAUUUCAAGGUUCCUUUGCAAAACGUAUUGUACAAAAUCCUUUCGUUUUAAACAGGAAUUAUGUCAUUUUGCAGGGCAGGAUUGUUUUACGUGAUUCUAGUGCUCAUAUUCUUUACACUUGUGUUUUUUUAAUGCUUUGACUGCGUCGUGAGCCUCGGUGUUGUGCACAACAUGCCAUGUUUCAAAGACCAGCAUUACGAGACACACACUUGCACUGACACCGUAUGGCCACUAGGGCUGGGCGAUUAUACAGUAUAUAUGGAAUAUUGAAUAUUCACUAUAUUGUUGCAAUGAUUUUUCCUGGAGAUUGUGAACCGCACAAUCAUUUAAUGCGCUUUUUUUUUAAGUUGUCCAUUAAGUUUCCUAAAGAUUGUGUCGUUAGCACUAGUUUCAUAAUUCUUCUGUAUCAAAAACAGCAUUUAAAGGGAUAGUGCACUUUGAAAUUAAUUUUUGGUAUGUUUUAUCUUACCUCAAGGGCAUCAAGAUGUAGGUGUCUUUGUUUCCGCAGUAUUUUCUAUUUUGAUAUUUUUAGGUCAAACCGUUCGUGUCUAUCAGUCAUAUAAUGGAGGUCUAUGGUCACCACCUCAAAGAGCAUGCACAGAGGAGUCCAAAUUAAACAUGAUUUAAUGACUCGUAAAUGUAAGUGUAUGUAAGUGUCUUAGGCCAUGAAUGUGUACUUUACAUUUAUGAGUCAUUAAAUCAUGUUUAAUUUGGACUGGUGGUGACCAUAGACAUCCAUUAUAUGACUGAAAGACAUGAACGGUUUGACCUAAAAAUAUCAAAAUUGAAACUACUGUGGAAACAAAGACACCUACUGUACAUCUUGGAUGCCCUUGAGGUAAGAUAAAACAUACCAAAAAUUAAUUUCAAAGUGAACUAUCCCUUUAACAAUUGAAUCACUUCAAAUUCAGUUUUCAUUUGUUAGAAUCAAAACACUGAAAACAAAGAUUCAUUGCAUUAUCACUCAUAAAUGUUCUUGAAAGUCCCCUUUUGGUGCUUUUUUAAUAUUGUUUUAGUAGAAAUAUUUGUUAUAUUGGUGCGUGUAAAUGAUUCAGCUUUGAAUAACGUCAGUUUAACACUGUGUAUCUUGAUUAAACCAGUCCUGCAUAUUUUAACCCACAAAUAUAAAAAGUGAAAUUGCCUGUGAUUUUAGCACUAUAGCCCAGCCCUAUCGACACAGUCGGCUCAAAGCAUCGAUGGCGAAAAGUUUUUGUCCCCAAAGCAACGCCGUCCGACACAGUAACGGUGGAAUAAGUCUUUACAUGAUGAAUGUGCGUGAUUCGCGUCAUUAAUUGUUUCUAUUUUCUCUCUCUUUCUCUUUUCUAAUCUGUAUGGACAUUUAUGAAAGACUCGUUCUUUUCGUUUUCCUCAGGUGUUUCUGUACAAGUUUUGAUUACAGUUAUUUGCACUAUUCAUUACAGUAGUGCUGAUCAUUGUUAAUUUUAACAUCUCUCAUUGUUAAAUAUUUUCAAAUACUGGUAAAAGAUCUGUGCGAUUUAUACAUUUAAAACGAGUGCACAAAA